AUGGCACCUCCGCGCCAGCGCACCACUGCCAUAGUGGACGACUCCAGGUCCGAAGCUUCCAGCGGCACGAGAGAAUACAAAUCCACAGCUCCGAAGAGCAGGAAGACUGGUACAGCCAAGGAAAAGGCAUCCGUGACCAGUGCGCCAAUUGCCCAAGAUGCCGAUGACCAACAACCAAGAGUCCCCUGGUCCGAACUCCCCCUCGACAUCCUCCACGCCUACCGCCACGUCCACAAACUCCCCACUCCCUCUGCCUUCUCAAACGAUUACUCCCGCAUAGUCCUCUCCCAAGGCGUAGGUCUCCGCUCCCCAACAGCCCUUGCCGCUCGCCGCGCAAACGCCUCAACCUCCCGGCAAAACCAGAACCAUAACCACGUAACAGCUUCAUCUUCGCACGCCACGGGCAGCGGAAGUGGCAGUGGAAGUGGAAGCGGCAGCGAGCGUGAACACGAGCCAUUGCGCCGGAUAAUUGGACAAGACCGCGUGAGCAAAGAUGCGUUCGCGCUUGUGGUGCGGAAGCAUUUCAACAGUGCGGGGUUGUCGGAGCAGGAGAGUAUUGCUAGGUUUUUGUAUACUGUCCGUGAGGAACGGAGGGGGAGACAGUUCCGGUUGCGGUUUCAACCGUAA